AUUCACGCUGCACAGUUAGUAACAGAUGCAUAUAUUAUUUAGGCUUCAACAGAUAACGCUGACUAACCAAUGAACUACAUUACAACCAAAUCAACGAUGGCCUCGGGACAGGGUUUAUAUAAAUCACCAGCUGUUUGUCCACCUACCGAAGAUGAUUUACAGAAAUUAUCAGAAGAAUUAAAUUUAAAAUGUACAACAGAAGAAAUACAAGCUAUAACAGCGCAAUUUAAAAGUACAGCAACUUCCUAUCAACGUUUGUCAGAACUUCCAGAACCCGCACUUCCGGUUAAAUAUCCAAGAGUUCCAGGUUACAGACCAGCAGAAAAUGACAACCCAUAUAAUGCAUGGAGUUGGAAAUGUGAUAUCAAAGGUGCCGCUACAGGUAGAUUAGCAGGUAAAACUGUGGGUAUUAAAGACAACAUUGCCGUAGCAGGGGUACCUAUGAUGAAUGGUAGUAAAAUAUUGGAAGGUUAUGUACCAGAAUUUGAUGCUACAGUCGUCACUAGAGUCCUAGAUGCUGGAGGAAGAAUUCUGGGUAAAACGGCGUGUGAGGACCUAUGCUAUAGUGGAUGUAGCAGUACCUGUUCUAGCGGACCAGUGAGAAAUCCGGUUGAUGAAACCAGAACUGUUGGUGGAUCUAGUUCAGGCAGCGCUGCUCUAGUGGCUGGUAAGGUGGUAGAUAUGGCUAUUGGAGGUGAUCAAGGUGGUUCCAUCAGAAUACCAGCAUCAUGGUCAGGUAUAGUAGGAAUAAAACCAACCUGGGGUCUUGUACCAUAUACUGGUGCCAUGCCUAUAGAACUUACUGUUGAUCAUUUAGGACCAAUGGCAGCCAAUGUUCACGAUUGUGCUCUUCUCUUAGAGGUUCUCGCUGGUUACGAUGAAGGACGAGAUCCAAGGCAACCACGUGAUUUGAAAAGUGAACCAUAUACCACUUUAUUAGAUAAAGGUAUCAGCGGGAAAAAGAUUGGACUGCUACAAGAAGGUUUCUCCAAUUGUACGGAACAAGAUGUCGCUGAAAUGGUAGAACAGGCUGCCCUGACAUUAGCAAAGGCUGGAGCUAAAGUUGAAAAGGUUUCGGUACCGAUGCAUUUAGAUUCAUUGGCCAUUUGGACAGGAGUGGCCAUGCAGGGGGCAUACAAUAACAUGAUCCUUGGAAAUGGAAACGGCUACCAAUGGAAAGGGUAUUACGCAACGUCGCUACAGGAAGCAUUUUUCCGGGGGCACAGAACUCGACCGUAUGAUAAUUCUAAAGCUGUUAAAAGGCUGUGUUUGACUGGAGAAUAUAUGAACAGAAAUUAUGGUAAUAAAUUUUAUGCGAAAGGCCAGAACCUGACAACGGUAUUAACCCAAGCCUAUGAUAAAGUUCUACAAGAAUAUGAUGUCUUAAUUCUACCAACUUUACCAUAUAAGGCAACAAAACUUCUACAAGCUGAUUGCUCAACGACUGAUUACAUUGAGACAGCAUCAACGAUGCUUAUUAAUACAGCAGCAGCCGACUCAACUGGUCAUCCCGCACUCUCUAUAAACGCGGGAAAUAUUGAAGGACUUCCGGUUGGUAUGAUGAUCAUGGGACGUCAUUUUGAUGAAACAACAGUUUUACAAGUGGCACGGGCGUUUGAGAAAAUUCGAGAUGGAAAAUGAGAAGGACGGCGAAGAUUUAGUUUAGUUUUAUAUUUUCCGUUUUUCAGAAUAUUGAAAGAUAUAACUAUUUUAGGGGUAUAAUAAAAUAUAAUUAGCAUAACAUUACUAUAAGCAUGGGUGUCAAAAAGGGGUAUCUAUUGCAUCAUAUUCGAGUAGACCAACAAUUGGACAUGAAAACAAUUACUUUAAGGGCCAAUCUCGAUUAUAGUUUGGAGAAUAAAACUGCUUAAUUUUGUGUUAAAAUUGCUUAAAAUCGUGCACAUAAGGGCCGAACAACUAACUCCAUAUAUGUGACACAUUGUCAAACAACUUAAACCUGUCAGUCUUCAUCUGGAAAUGGAGACCGGUGUCCCAAGCUGUAUUAUGCUGUGUCUGGAUAAAACCAGACUUUUAUGUUAUAAAAAUAAGGUGUAUGUGAAAUUUACCUUUCGUUAUCAAGUACAGCAUGUGGGCCAUGCACCGUAUAGACCUCUAAAAGAACGGCAAUAGAUUAUCAGGUCACCCAACCAAAACAAAUGACCCGAAAUCUUAAAAGGGUAACGUGUCCGGGUAAGCAGUUUUGACGUUCACGUCCAAACGACUCAAUAUUUUGGGCUGAAAUUUUGAGACAAGGUAAAUACACCAGUCCUCUAUAUUACAUACGUACACGGACUUUUAGUUAAAAACAUAGUUUAAUAUGAAAUAUCACCUGUAUUGAUUGAUAAAUCAAAAUAUACCAAGCGCGUUUUAUAACGACACGGGUGUAACACGUAGUGUUAAAGUAGUGAUUUCAGGGGUUGUAAUGAACGUGUAUUUGGGUAUAACGUCUAUAGGUUAUAAAUAAUAUAUUCUACUUAGUUAUCAGGAGUAGACAUAGAUAUAAUAGUGUAUUUGCUGGAUACAGACACUUCGUGAAGGUAUUCUUUUUCAAUUGGGGAUAUAUUUAGGCUAAUUAAUAACCCUGCAAAACAUAUUCGGUCAAUGCCGUUAGAAUGUCGGUGAUCAAAAUAUAGCCUCGGGUAGCAGUGAGGGGAAACCGGGAGACCCGGAGAAAACCCACGAAGUUAGUCAGGCGACUUAUCCCUUAGUCUAUUGGUAGUCAGGUACAAGCGCAGUAUCGAAACCGCACCCUACAGAUAAUAACUUGUAAUAGAUUUUGUAAUUUCAUAAUUGUUAUAGUUUUCCUGUAUUUAUGUGUUA